AUGAAUGUCAGAACCCCGUCACCGCCACCGUCGACUCGGGAAAUGCAAGCCCCCUCAGCACCUCGCUUCGGCUAUCAGGACGACUAUCACCCCUACCCCAAACCGAGCCGUUCCACGCGAAGCUCAACUCAGCGCAAUCGCACACCUUCACCUGCCACCUCCCAUCAAAAGCCUCCUGUCUCUCCGCGCAGCACUAGAAGGGCCAACAUUCAGAGCAACGCUGCCAUGGCCUCGCCAGUCCCUUCACCGCGCAAGCGACGCCAACCCCCCGCUGAUACCAGCCGUCGCAGUGUUUCGGGCUCACUCACAGCUCAGAGCAUUGCAAACGCCGCCGCGGCGCUUGGGCCGUUCGAUCUCCCACCCACCAGCAACGCAGUGAAUUCGACUGGUCGUGGGUCUUCCUCUCGCUCCAGCGGCAUGCUUCCUACUCCUUCAAAAACUCCAUCAAAGCCUGCCAACGAGAAAACAGCCGCCGAAAUCGCUACCUUUGCUCGCAACCUCUUUUCCAGCGACGACUCAGCCCCAAAGCGAAAGCCCAGGUCCUACUCGGGCCUCGGCAUGGAUAGCUUUACCGCCAAGCGGGGGGAUGAGCCCAUUGAAAUAUUCACUGAUACCAAGGACUCAAUUCCCGAGAUCGACACCAGCGAUGCCAACCCAUUUGCCGGCCCCUCCAAGCAAGAGACUGCGACCAGCCCCCGUCGCAGUCGUAGGAAGAUUGCGAUUCCUGGCGAGGGCUCCCAGUCCCUCGAGGAUGCUAUGCAUCGCGAGGAUGGAAUGGUGUACGUCUUCCGCGGCAAAAGGUUCUGGCGCAGGUUUGAUGAUGCGGAGGAGGAGCUGGACCAGGACGCUCGUCUCAGGCAGCCACUUACUCGAGCAUCCGUCAAGCCACGACUACUAUUCCCUCCCAAAAAGAAAGAGCUAUCUGAGAAGGAGCUUGAAGACGAGGAGGCAAUGACUGAUGUCGAAGACGAAGUCAAGGAACGUCUUGCGAACCCCGUCCCCCAAACACCCACCAAGACCGGCAAGGAGACUGCCAAGACUCCGGAGGCCCCGAGAUACGCACCAGUCUCUCCACCCGAGACCAGGAGGACAACGAGAUCAUCCAACAGACUGUUAAGCGAGGAGACUCCGAUUAAGAGGAGGCGCCAAUCAAGCCUGUUCGAUUCAUGGCCACGCACGAAGAAGGAGCCCAAGGCACCAGCACCCACCAAAAGAGCCGGUGACGACGGACUUGCCUCGACAUCUACCAAGCGUACUCGCGCAUAA